GCUUCCAGCAGAACAGUAACCAGUCGGACUGAUUGCUGAAAGCACAAGUCAUCUUGGUCUCUAAACCAUGUCGCUCUUUAUUUUAACCUUCCAGCUGAUCCUAUACCUUCUCGCAUUUCCUAUUUACGUACUUAACUUUCUAGGAAUUUGGGAUAAAAUCAUUAAGAAAGUAUUCCCUGCCCUUCUAUUCAGAUUAACCAAAAUGUAUAAUAAAUCUAUGGAGGGCAUUAAAAGGGAUCUCUUCAGCAACCUUUCUGACUUUGAAAAUGCUUCGAAGGAGAUCAAUCUGCUAGAAAUCGGCUGCGGCACAGGGGCCAACUUCAAAUUCUACCCAAAUGGCUGCAAAAUAACCUGCCUCGACCUGAACCCAAAUUUCCAAUCAUAUUUGAGCAAAAGCCAAGCCGAAAGUGACCAUCUGAAGUUUGAAGGUUUUGUGGUGGCUUCUGCAGACAACAUGAGCCCAGUGCCCGAUGCCUCUAUGGAUGUGGUGGUCUGCACCCUGUUAGUGUGUUCAGUACCAAACACACCAAAGAUCCUGGACGAGGUCUGGAGAGUUCUCAAGCCUGGUGGAGCAUUCUACUUUUUGGAACAUGUAGCAUCCACGGAUGACUCAACCUUGGUUAGCUACCUCCAGAGAAUCUUGAAUCCCACCUGGAGGUUGUGUCUUGAUGGAUGUGAUUUAAGGAAGACAACUUGGAAAGACCUUGAAAAGGCCAAAUUCUCUGAGCUGAAACUACGUCAUAUACAAGCUCCAAAUGUUAUAAAACCCAUUACUCCUCAUAUUGUUGGAUACGCUAUAAAAUAAACAGUCAUUGUGAAUUAUACACUUGCCAUUCAACACGAAAAUCUCCUUCACUAAUUGGCAUGUUAGCAACUAGUUUUUAACUCUGGUUUCAUGUAAUGGCUAAAAAUAUAUAAGUAAACUGCGCUUAAAAUAAAAUACACACACAAAAACCAAGGAUGAUAAUAACAACUAAAUUCUUGGAGGGAAAACCAUAAAAAAAACCACUAAUAAGUAAAAAUAUGCCACAAUCAUAUAUAUCUAUAUCUCUCUAUCUAUUACAGACCGGUAAGUAAAGUCAUAGCACAGGGUCCGAUAAACAGGUAUACCCCUCUGUCAGAGAAGUAUAAUAAUAUAUAAAACAUUUACGAAAUGUAAAGGCCCCAAGGAAACAGAAGAUCACCGUUAAAUAAGGUCUUACACAGGAUAGAUUUUCAUCCUUGGGAGUGGAUUAGGUAAAAGUCAGCAACUGUGGUAUAUAGCAGGUAGGGAUUGGAUGUGAAGGUGGGGAUUAGAAUUCUGCCAGAAGCUGAAAGGCAUUUUCUUCAUAUCUGCUUAUACUUAGAUGUCUGUUUCAGAAUUAUUCUCACACAUUUUCAAGAGCACUAGAUAUUACUGAGAGACUAAAAAAACAACAAAUUGCUUAUGUAUGUACACAUUCAAUGUUCAACGUUCUGGUUGCUUUGUGCCUACAAUAACUUUCUUGCAUUGAAAUGUUCAACCAAGUGAUUUUAUUUUGCAUUAGAAACUUAGAAUAAAAGUUGUUUUAAGAGUA